AUGCAGCCCCCGGAGCCCCGCGGCCCCCCGGGCCUCGAGGGGCUCCUGGCAGCCGGCGGCUUCGCAGGCGGCCAGGGCAGGGGGCUGCUGCCUCCUCCCCCUCCUGCUCUCGGCGGUCCUUCGCCUCCCCCUGGGAUGAACCCCGGGGGUUACCCCGCGGAGGGGCCGGCCGAGCCCCCCAAGCCUUGUGCCGCUGCCCCACCGCCUCCCCCGGCCGCCCCUCCGGGUCCCGCCGCCUCCGCCCCGCUGCCCUACGGAUAUUUCGGCAGCGGUUACUACUCCUGCCGCGUUUCCCGCAGCGCUCUGAAAGCCGGCCCGGCUCAGGGGCCUUUCCCCACCGAGAAAUACCUGGAUCCUUCCGGGGCUACCGAGGAUUUCCAGAGCCGCCCCGCCGAGUUCGCUUUCUACCCCGGUUACGGGGCUCCUUACCAGCCCGUCGCCGGUUACCUGGACGUGUCGGUGGUACCGGGGUUGGGCGGCCCCGGGGAAGCCCGACAUGAGACUCUGCUGCCCGUGGAUGGCUACCAUCAGCCGUGGGCUCUGGGAGGCGGCUGGAGCAGCCAGAUGUGCUGCCCCAAAGAGCAGGGGCAGGCCGGGUACCUCCUGAAAUCCGCCUUUGCAGACUCCGCCGGGCAGUUGCCCCCCGACGGCUGCUCCUUCCGCCGGGGCCGCAAGAAGAGGGUCCCGUACAGCAAGGGGCAGCUGAAGGAGCUGGAGAAGGAGUACGCCAGCAGCAAGUUCAUCACCCGUGACAAAAGGAGGAAGAUUUCGGCCGCCACCAACCUCACGGAGCGACAGAUCACCAUCUGGUUCCAGAACCGGCGGGUGAAAGAGAAAAAAGUCGUCGCCAAAAUUAAAACCAGCAGCAGCAGCACCCCGUGA